ACUUUUUUCCUCUCCUCUAUUAAGAGGGAACUUUUGUGUUUUGUUCUCCAAGUUCAGCUCGGCCAUCAAGCCCUGUUCUCCGCUGCUAUUUUCUUACAUCUCCGCGGCGUCUUUUAUUCCAUUCCCUCCGAUGCCAUCAUUUUUCUGUGUUUUUACACUUUUCAUGUGAAUUCUGGAUAUCGAGACCAUGCGCAUUCAAACGGGACCUGUUCUGAAAAUCGUUUGUUCUUCAUUUCCAUUGCUGUUUUAGUUGGAAUAUAAAUGUUUAGCCGCGCACUGCUUGUUUUGGAGUAAAGAUGACCCGUGUGUUUUCUGCUUUUGCUGGAGUCAUGUUGGUGUUUAGGAUUCUUUUGCUGUGCAUCGUGGAGUUGCAUACGGGCUGCGAUGCGGUGCUCGCCGCCGGUCUCACCACUUUCAGGGCUUUCGCUCCACCUGCAAAAGAGGGUGUUGUGCGGACUGUCGAUCGGAUUUACCAUGGAGGUGGGAAGGUUGGUUACCUACUCUACAUGGACGGGAGAAGGUUUCAGUUAGAUAUGGAGAGGGAUGAGUCCAUUUUGUCACAUCACUUCAGUCCGAAAUAUGUGAUGGCCCUCAUGGGAGCGGGAGAAAGCUCAUCGCCUCUGCACCGGGAGUGUGUGUACCGGGGAACCGUAGACUCCAACCCCAAGUCCCUGGCGGUUUUCAGCCUCUGUGGUGGGGGUCUAGAGGGCUUUUUUGCUUUGAAACACGCACGCUACACAAUCACACCCCUCAUCCGAGCCAAGGGACACGAUAGCGACGUGCGUUUGCUGGAUGACAAGGAUGCGGAGAGCGCGCUCCACUACUUCACGCAGGAGAGCUUCAGAUUCGAAGCCAUGCCUGUGAGCGAGAGCUGUGGGACCAAGGAAGGGCGCGGGCGCAUGGAUGCAUCGAGGAAACACCGGCGUAAGGGCAGAUUGAACGGGAAACGCAACACGCACGGUGUCACCCUGGACAGGGGCGAGGAGCGAAGCAGAGCGCACGGCAGAAGAUGGUGGAAGCAGUUCUCCAAACCUGUCUCUCCGCCCUCACUGGGAAGUCGGGGCAAGAGGUCAGUUUCGCGCGCCAGGCACGUGGAGCUUCUGCUGGUCGCUGACGAGUCCAUGUCCAAGAAGUACGGCAAGGACCUGCACCACUACCUGCUCACACUGGCCUCCAUCGCUUCCAAGUUGUACGGCCAUGCCAGCAUCGAGAACCCCAUCCGUCUGUCCGUUGUGAAGGUGACCAUGGUCACGGAGAAGGAGGGGUUGGAGGUGUCCAAGAACGCAGCCGCCACGCUCAAGAGCUUCUGCAAGUGGCAGAACCAGCAGAACCCACUGGACGACGACAACCAGCACCACCACGACGCCGCCAUCCUCUUCACCAGGCAGGACCUGUGUGGGCACCACUCGUGUGACACACUGGGCAUGGCCGACGUUGGCACCAUCUGCUCACCAGAGAGAAGCUGUGCCGUCAUAGAGGACGACGGACUCCAUGCCGCCUUCACCGUGGCACACGAGAUAGGCCACUUGCUGGGCCUGUCCCACGACGACUCCAAGUUCUGCGAAGAGCGUUUCGGCGCCAGCGCGGACAAGCGUCUCAUGUCGUCCAUCCUGACCUCCAUCGACGCCUCCAAACCCUGGAGCCGCUGCACCUCAGCUACCAUCACUGACUUCUUUGACGAUGGCAACGCCGACUGUCUCCUGGACUCUCCUCGCCAGCCCAUGCUCGGCUCAGAGGAGCUGCCCGGCCAGAGCUACGACGGCGUGCGCCAGUGCCGCCUGGCGUUUGGGCCUGAGUACACGGUCUGCCCGGGCAUGGACGUGUGCGCCCGCCUGUGGUGUGCAGUGAUACGCCAGGGCCAGAUGGUGUGCCUGACCAAGAAGCUGCCCGCCGUGGAGGGUACGCCGUGUGGCAAGGGUCGCAUCUGCCUCCAGGGCAAGUGCGUGGACAAGACCCGCAAGAGACACUACUCGGCAUCUAACCAUGGUAGUUGGAGUUCGUGGGGUCCUUGGGGGGCAUGUUCGAGGACGUGUGGUGGAGGGGUGCAGUUUGCCCAGCGUCUUUGUAACAACCCGCCACCCCGAAACAAUGGGCGCUACUGCACCGGCAAGAGAGCCAUCUACAGGUCCUGCAGUGCCACCCCGUGCCCCUCGCCCAGUAAGAGUUUCCGCCAGGAGCAGUGUGAGGUGCGGAACGGCCCCCAGACAGACCCUAAGGGGAUGAAGACCUUUGUGGAGUGGGUACCCAAGUUCGCAGGAGUGCUCCCCAAAGAUGUGUGCAAGCUGACAUGCCGGGCUAAGGGCACAGGCUACUAUGUGGUGUUCUCACAGAGGGUGGUGGACGGGACAGAAUGUCGGCCGUACAGCAGCUCAGUGUGUGUGAAGGGCAAGUGUGUGCGUACCGGCUGUGACGGCAUCAUCGGCUCCAAGCUGCAGUUUGACAAGUGUGGCAUCUGUGGAGGGGACAGCACCAGCUGCAUCAGAGUGAUAGGCAACUUCACCAAGAUGAGUAAGGGCUACACAGACGUUGUGAAGAUCCCAGAGGGCUCCACCCACAUCAAGGUACGCCAGCACAAGCCCAAGGAUCAGCCCCGGUACACAGCCUACCUGGCCCUGCGUCGUCCCGGUGGCGACUACCUCCUCAACGGCAAGUUCAUGAUCUCUACCUCAGAGACAGUCAUCCCCCUCAACGGCUCGGUGCUCAACUACAGUGGCUGGAGCCAGCGGGAUGAGUGGCUACACAGCAUGGGCCCUGGGGCCCUCAGAGAGGCCCUUACAGUUCAGAUUCUGGCCACGGACUCCAAGAGGCCCCUGGAUAUCCGCUACAGCUUCUUCAUGCCCCGUCGGGUUUUGGCUCCACCACCGCCACCUCCCCCGCACACCUCCACAACCACAUCCACCACUGCUACUACAACAACCACCUCUACAAGAUCAAGCAGUAGAACCACAUCGGUCCCGUUUUCGGCCAUGGCUCUCUCUACAGCCCCAGGGGUGUCGACGGCGGCCUCUGGGCCCCAGUGGGUGACUGGCCCCUGGAUGAUCUGCUCCAGGACUUGUGACACGGGCUGGCAGAGCCGCACGGUGCAGUGCAAGGACCCGCAGGCCAAGUUGGCCAAGGGUUGCCCUCUGGGCGACCGCCCCUCCGCUUUCAAACAAUGCCUAGUGAAAAAGUGUUAAAAGGACCAGAAACUAGACUCCCCUGAAAGUAGGGGGUACACACAGACAGAGACACUGGUUAUUGACAGUCAACCCCUCCUCUUCCUUACCCCCCAACCUACUAUGCCAGGCCCUGCUUGGCAUAGCUACAGACAUACGACGGAUACAUGUGGACACUUCCGAAUAGUGCAGCCGCCCAAUCAACAACCACCCACUUGCCAAAUCCCUCCUCUAUCUGAAGGUUUUGUUUGUAUUCCUCUUAAUGACACAUUUUGUUUGCUUUUCUGUAUGUUCUUGCUACUGUGGGUUUUUCAUGAUUGUCCGCUUUGUCUCUUUGUCACAUCAGGCAAUGCUUCAUGUGAAUAGCAACCUCAAAUGUUGUGACUGCACACCUCUGGACAAUGGGCCUCCGUGCUAGUCUGUUGCGUGGUACUUUUUCUCCACUUCCCUUCGGGGUCCCCUUUUUCUUCUUGCUCCUCCCACGGCCGAUCCUCCACAUACGAUUGGUCUAUCCAACUUCCUGUUUGGAUUGCGGACCAGGAAGUAGGCUGGGGGCACAAGCAAGAGCAACCAAUCCUUACUGUAACCAGUCCAGAAAUGGGGUUUAACCACACUGCAAACAUCCCAGGUCAGAAAAUGGACACACAGUGAUGGAGUGAGUUGGGCCCGAGUUGUGCCCAACAGCUAGUGCUGAGCGAUUAACCUAAAUUGUGUUUAUUAUUUUGGUUUUUAAACAACUAAUUGACAGACUUUGUUUCAAUUAUUUGAAUUCCAUUUAGUUAUGUUUUUUUCUGUGAAGUCAAUGCGUACAUUGUGCAGUUUCUCUAGAAAUAAAUCAACUGAAUCCCGAACUGUGCGAUGUAGUUGUAGGGAGUUGUAGUUUCCAACAGGCCAAUAUUCAAAAUAAUUUAGUGCAGAAAACAUGCUAAUUAACUACAAUGAUCAUAAUCGAUUGCGUGCGUACUUGUCCGGUCUGUGUCUUUCUUUUAUGCCUGCUACAUUAGGUUAAUACAGAAGAAUGUGGGAUAGAAGAGGGAUAGAGAGCAGUUACUUUGCGAAGUAUCUCUACCUGAAAAUGCAUAAUCUAAGUGGUUGAUAGUUGGUAUUCAGAAGCCUAUUUUACUUUUAAGAACUACUAAAAUACUGAUUUUGUCAGACAGCAUAGGCAGCAGCUCUAUAGAAAUAACUUGGAAUUAAAUAAUGAAAUCAUAAAAUUAAACAAAUGUAAUAUAAACAACUGAAAUAUUUUAUUAAAGUAAUGUGAAUAAAUGUUGUUACAGCAUUCAACCCACAUACUGCAUAGUGCAUUUAAUAUAUUUUUUAAAUAUUGAUAUUUUAAUAAUCGAACCAAAACCGAACCGACCUCAAAAAGCACUAAUCGCUCAGCACUACCAACUGCCAAUGCCCAGUGACACCUAUAGAGUGACUCUGGGCCAAAAGACCAUGGUGACCCUUCAACUCUGACCUUUGUGGAGGUUAAAGGUUGUCAUUUUAUGGGAUUACAUAAAGUGUGGGGCUAAGCUUGACAUUUGUUUGUGUGUUUGUGUGUGUGUGUGUGUGUGUGUGUGUGUGUGUGUGUGUGUGUGUGUGUGUGUGUGUGUGUGUGUGUGUGUGUGUGUGUGUGUGUGUGUGUGUGUGUGUGUGUGUGUGUGUGUGUGUGUGUUGUAAACAUACAAGUGUGAACAUAUAGUGUUUUUGUCAUAUUCAGUGUCCUAAACUCUUUUAAUGGACUUUAACCCUCAGUUCCAUUUGUAUCACUAUGCGGGUGCGAGAGGGUCGCUACCAUUUUGUCACUGUGUUUCUUUGGCUCUACAUGUUUCUGUCUGUCUGUCUGUCUGUCUGUCUGUCUGUCUGUCUGUCUGGGAAUAAAGUAAUGAUUGCUAGUAUGACAAUGUGUGCACUGGAUACUCGCAAAUACAGCAAGAGGGAAACUAUCCCAGUCAUACCUGACCAAAUACACUUCUACAGCUCGCUCGCUCUUUCUCUCUAUCUCUCUCUCACUCGCUCACCCUCUCCAUCUCGCAUUCAACAUAUUGACACAUUCUUGUUUAAGCUAUCCAUUUCUCACACUCAGUCUUUCACUCACUCUCACAUCCACUACCAUCCAUUCUCCGUCAUCCCUCUAUCCCUCAUGAGCUUGUAAUGCUAUACCACACACCUUUUCAAGAGUGAUGAUAGACAUGCAUUAUACUGGAUACAUAUGGGCUCUUGCCACAUAGGCACAACUCCCUAUUUCUCAUUUCUCACACACAGGCACAGACACACAUUCACAUAAAGAAUACACAACACCCCAAAUUACUUCAUUACACAUUUAGAUAUAAACACCAAUAUAACAUAUGUACAGAAUACAUUUUGCACACACACAUAAAUAUGGAAAGAAAAUUAAACCACACGCAAACAAACACACACACACACACAUACUGUAUAUGUAUUACUGUUUGACACUUCCCAUGGGAAAAGACCCUUUCGUUGAACGACAGAAACACAGCACUGAACUUGUAAUUUAUUGUUUGUACAACUGGUAUGUGAAAUAAAACGUGAUGAAUUUAUUUAUUAUAAUGGCAAUGUUGUAUCAUAUUUACUAUUUAACUAAGAAUAUGACUGUGCAGAAUAAAUCAUUUUUAAGAAAAGUG